AUAUCUUGCUGUAAAACAUCGCAAGUGUUCCGUUUUUCCCAUGCGCCUGGAAUGCAGCAGUAGCCCGGCCGGACAACAUGGCUGCUGCUGCGGGCCGAUACUACGGAGAAGGCGGCCGAGCAACCAAAAGACAGAAAACUGAAGACGGAGGAAUGACAACGGAGAACUACGAUGAUCCUCAUAAACCGCUACCGUCCCCGGUGGUGCACAUCAGGGGCUUGGUGGACGGUGUCAUGGAGGCUGACCUGGUGGAGGCCCUGCAGGAGUUUGGUGCCAUUAGCUUUGUGGUUAUGAUGCCUAAGAAGCGUCAGGCAUUGGUUGAAUAUGAAGACAUGAAUGGGUCCUGCAAUGCUGUUACAUAUGCAGCAGAGAACCAGGUUUACAUUGGCGGUCACCCUGCCUUCAUCAAUUAUUCCACUAGUCAAAAGAUCUCCCGACCAGGAGACUCGGAUGACACCCGGAGCGUCAACAAUGUGCUGCUGCUCACGAUCAUCAACCCCAUCUAUCCUAUCACCACGGAUGUCCUCUACACCAUUUGUAACAACUGUGGUCCUGUGCAGAGGAUUGUCAUCUUCAGAAAGAAUGGUGUACAGGCCAUGGUUGAAUUUGAUUCAGUCCAAAGUGCCCAGAGGGCUAAAGCAUCUCUGAAUGGGGCAGACAUCUAUUCAGGCUGUUGCACUCUGAAGAUUGAAUAUGCCAAGCCAGCGCGCCUUAAUGUCUUUAAGAACGACCAGGACACGUGGGACUACACAAACCCCAAUCUGAGUGGCCAAGAUGCUGAUGGUGAAGGCAAUUGGAACAAUUCACAAGAUCCCAAUGCAAAUCCCAACAAACGGCAGAGACAGCCAGCUCUUCUCGGAGACCACCCACCUGAUUACGGUGGCCCGCAAGGAGGUUACCAUGGUUACAAUGAUGACAGCUACGGCCCACCCCCUCCCCACCGCAUGGGGCCGGGCAUGGGUGGGCGUGGUCGCGGUAGUCAGCGGUACGGCCCAGGGUACGGACCUCCGCCUCCUGAGUACGGGCCUCACGCUGACUCCCCGGUUCUGAUGGUGUACGGACUGGAGCCCUCUAAGAUUAACGCUGACAAGGUUUUCAACAUCUUCUGCCUCUAUGGAAACGUAGAGAGGGUCAAGUUCAUGAAGAGUAAGCCUGGAGCAGCAAUGGUAGAAAUGGGAGACUGUUACUCUGUGGACAGAGCCAUCACUCACCUCAACAACAACUUCCUGUUUGGACAGAAACUCAAUGUUUGUGUUUCCAAGCAGCAGGCCAUCGUGCCAGGACAGUGUUAUCAGCUAGAGGACAACACCAGCAGCUUCAAAGAUUUCCACGGAUCCCGCAACAACCGUUUCACCUCCCCAGAGCAGGCGGCGAAAAACCGAAUCCAGCACCCGAGCAACGUCCUGCACUUCUUUAACGCACAGCCCGACAUCUCUGUAGAGAUCUUCAACCAGGUCUGUGACGAGCUGGGAAUUAAGAGCCCCACUAGUGUGAAGCUUUUCACUGGAAAGAGUGAGCGAAGUUCAUCCGGACUGCUCGAGUGGGAAUCCAUCAAUGAUGCCAUGGAAGCUCUGGCUCUUAUGAACCAUUAUCAAAUGAAAAACCCCAGUGGGCCUUACCCGUACACACUGAAGCUGUGUUUUUCAACCACACACCAUGCCAACUAAAUACUCUCCUGUCAAACUAUUUGUAAUGUUUUGUCUUUGCAUUGAGUAUGCUGCAGUUCUGUUGUCACAGUAUAAGGAAAAACAGUAUUGACUAACAAAAAUUAGGUUUAAUGUGCAUUAGGAAAAUGUUACAUAAAUUAUACUUUUGUUUUCAA